AUGGAAAACGAAACGCGGACGUUCAAUGAUCCCGUCUCGGAUUUGGCGAACUCGCUGACGGGCCUCUUGAGUCUCAUUCCGGGCCGGGACAUUGUGAUGCGCUACAUUGCGAGCAGCUACCAGAACGACCCUGUGCGCUCGCUUCUGGAGCUGAUUCUUCUGAUCUUUGCCGUGCGCACCAUUCUGCAGAACCGUACGCGCAGCAACCAGAGCAGGUCCAACUUUGUGCAGCUGGACGACAAGGAAAUCGACUACCUGGUCAAGGAGUUCCAUCCCGAGCCGCUCUGUAAGCCCCUCAAUGCAGAGGAGCACAAAGACCUGGAUGAAAUCCCGCUGAUUGUGGGCCAUACCGGUCCCCGCGUCAAGGUCCAGUCGCCGGUGCUCUCCGGAACGCAGCCGCGCGAAGUGCUCAACCUUGCCAGUUACAACUUUACCGGCAUGGCCGAUGCCCCCGAAAUGACGGCGCAGGCGCAAAGCGUCCUGCGCGAGUACGGUGUGGGCAGCUGUUCCCCCCCAGGCUUCUACGGUACGAGUGAUAUGCACAUCAAACUCGAGAAUACUGUUGCCGAGUUCCUCAAAAAAGAGAGUUCAAUCGUGUACAGCCAGGGAUUUAGUACCGCCACCGGUGUCAUCCCCGCCUUUUGCAAGCGUGGCGACAUUAUUGUCGCGGAUUCGGGCGUGAACUUUGCCAUUCAAGGCGCGCUGCAGCUGUCGCGCAGCACAAUCUACUGGUACGACCACAACAGCCUCGACUCGCUCGAGGCCGUGCUGCAGCGCAUUUCCACGCAGACGAAAGGGCGCAAUGAGCCGCUGCGCCGCCGUUUUAUCGUGACCGAGGGUCUCUUCGAGGACGACGGUGCAAUUCCCUACCUCCCCAAGGUGGUUGAGUUGGCGAAGCGCUUCAAGUUCCGCAUCUUUUUGGACGAGUCGUUCAGCAUCGGCUCGCUCGGCCGCACUGGUCGUGGCCUGACGGAGCACUUUAACGUCAGCGCGGACGACAUUGACUUUAUCAUUGGCAACAUGGCGAUCGCGUUUGGCGCGGGCGGCGGUUUCUGUGCGUCGACUGCGUUUGCAGUGCGCCACCAGCGCAUCAACGGUCUCUCGUUCAUCUUCUCUGCGGCAAUGCCCGUGAUGAUCGCGAACGGUGCGACGACCGCGAUGCACUUGCUCAGCACGCAGCCGCAUCGGCUGACCAGUCUCCAGAAGAACGUGCGUGCGAUCCGCGCCGUCCUGGACCGGAUCGACAGCGUGAUGAUCCCGAGUGCGCCCGAGAGCGCCAUGAUCCACGUCGAGAUCCGCAGCAAGUACGCGCCCAACAACAGCCGUGCGCUGAACCUGCCCGGCACGGACAUGGCGAUCGCCACUGCAGAGCACGACCUGACUACGGAGCAGCAGGAGCGCCUCUUGCAGGACAUUGUCACCCGCGCGCUGAACCAGGGCGUGUUUGUGUGUCGCUCGCGCCGCCUGCAAAGCAUCAAGCCGGUGACUGCGCUCUCUGCGCCGAUCGACCUGCCGAGCCUGCGCGUGAUCGUCACGUCAGAGAUGAGCGAGGGCGAGGUGGCCCAGGCGGCCGACAUCCUGCGGGCGAGCAUUGUGUCGGUGCUAGGCGACCGUCGUACAUAG